UCGAGGAGACAACUUGUGUCCUGCCCACCUCUUAUCUUCCCAAUCAAAACCAUUAUAAAAAGAGAGAUUUCAUCAAAAAGAAAGCAUAUGAUAAGGUAGGAACAUGACAAAUUGACAGAUGGUGGUGGCCAACUAGCAGAAUCUCAAUGGAGAUUGGAGGAAGAACAGUUCUAGAGGUGAUACUGGUGGAGAUCAUUGCAAGACUACCUUUGAGAACCAUCGCUAGACUCAAACUGGUGUGCAAGCAAUGGAAGUCGUUGAUAGAAUCUUCCUACUUCCGUUGUGUCUUUGUCUCUCUUCACAAGAACUCAUCUUCCUCUUGGUCUCUCAUGUUCGGAGCUGAGUAUCCUCACCCUGAAGCUAUAGGCUUCCAUGGAUGCCAAACAUGGGAUCUACAAAAACCUCUAGGCUCGUAUAUCAUGUCUUCUCAACGGUACUUGAAUCUCCCUACUAGCUCUAACUACUUCUACGUAGCUUCCUCCAAUGGAUUGGUUUGGAUCAAUGUGUUCUUUACCCGCACUGACAACAUGGCUUACAGUUACAAAUCCUUUGUUGGUAAUCCGAUUUUAGAACAAUGGGUCGAAAUCCCUCCGCCUCCACAGCAAUGUAUACCCACUGGUUUGGUGACGCGCGUGGAGAAUGGCGUCGUUACAGGGUUCAAAGUGGUCAGGACUUCAAGGACCGAACGUAGAGGCAUGGGAGUGCAUGAAUGGAGAGUGUAUGUGUAUUCGUCUGAGACUGGUUUAUGGACUUCCAAGGGACUUCACUCUUCUCAUCCUGUUAACUACACUGGUUCUUACCCUCCCUUUAAUCUCAAAGGGAUGCUUUAUCUCCGGGAAAGAGGUAUGGAUGCUACAGAGCCUGGUGUCCUUGUUGGUUAUGAUUUCUAUGGCCCUGAGGACGAUGAUCAAUGCCUGGUUAUACCUCUUCCUCUUCUGUCCAGCAAAAACGUUCGGAGAUGCUUGACUACUUCAGGGGAAGAUGUUAUUUACAUUGAAAUACUGUAUCCAAGAUUAAAGGUUUGGAAGCUGAACAACUUCUCCAAGAGUGGUGAAUGGUGGCAACUUUCACGGGAAGAAUCAGUCGAAUUCGAUGCCCAUUGUUUACCCUUGGCUAUGAAUCCGUUUGAUACUAAUAUCGUCUAUCUAUGGAGUCAGCACCACGGAAGUUUAGUAACGUGUGAUCUACGAAGACAAGAGUUUAUUGUUCAUCAAGAGUCAGAGACUUGGAGAAACAGUGAAGGUUGUUACCGCAUAAACACGUCGGGUACUAAGGGGUAUGUAGAAGGUAAUACUAAUGCAACUACGGUCAUCAUGUUAUCACAAUAUGUGCUGCAACGAUGGAUGGAUUCAGUACCUCGUCCACCAAACUGAGAGCAUCAUGCUUUGUGGAGUUGGUGACUUCUCAACUUCUUACUGCAAAACCUUAUUCUUCAUAUUGCUCUCAAAUUCAGCUUGGCGAUUAAGCUGUACAAUCUAUUUAUUAUCAUU